AUGCCCGCCCGUCCCCUCGCAAACGUCCCCCUAAUGAUCUCCGCCGCUGUUGCGGUCGACGACCAUCACCAGUCUGUGAUGCUCAUUAUCCUCGCCACGUCUCUUUUCGCCGUCUCCUUCCCAGGUCUCUCUAAGCGAAUCCCAUUCUUGCGGAUACCGCAUGUUGUCUUCUUCAUUGGGAAGCACUUUGGAACAGGCGUAAUAUUGGCGACCGCCUUUAUUCACCUACUUGAUGACGCUUUUCGAUCUCUCCAAUCUCCCGAAGUAAAAUCACGCUAUCACAACAUAGGAAAAUAUACUGGGCUUAUCAUACUAUGUUCCUUGCUAGCAAUCUUUCUUGUAGAAUACCUCUCUACGACAUACGUAGACCACCUACACGCAGAGCCUUCGGAGCCUCCAACACGGGAGAACACCCGCCCAAGCAGCCCAGAGCCGGGCCCAUCUGCCCCUCGAUGUUCAAGUAUCAGACCCUCUACAGAAACAACUCCAUUAUUGGGGACCCGGCCCCUUCUUCACCAUUCGCAUCAUCCUCAUAAUCGACUGGAACAUGAGCUUCAAUUAUCAGCACCAGAAACGCUGCCCAUCGCCACCGUCCUUGCAAACUCUCCGAGAAUUCUUAGGUUAGGUCGCGAAGGAUUUAGCGGCGGUGGAUAUCUGUGCGAGUGUGGCACUGAAUCGGAGGGCGUUUGCCCUUGCACAGGAACGCCAGACUGUAGGAAGAGCGUCGAUUGUGUUACGCCACUGGGACAAGAAACUGAUUCGCAAUCAUCCCGGGAAGGAAAGCGAAAAGACCUUCAACCACGAGUAGGAAGGCGAAGGCAGAUUGUUGGAAUUCUGGUGUUGCAACUCGGUAUAAUGAUUCACUCCCUCGUUAUUGGAUUGACUCUGGCCGUCACAUCCGGAUCAGACUUUACUUCAUUGACAACCGCAAUCAUUUUCCACCAGCUCUUCGAAGGGCUCUCACUAGGAAUUCGUAUCGCAGCUCUUCCCCAGAAAAAUAAUAAAGUAGACGAUGAAGAGACAGGCUCAAGUAAAUCAUCUCCAACAAUACGUGGGGCACAACCUUCAAGUACUACAGUAUCUCCUCAGCUUGUUAAUAUCGACGACGAAGAAGCCACGAAGCCACAGUGCAGAAAGCCAAGUCCAGCAAAACAAAGUUCGAGAAUCAGCCAGUUUGCAGCCUGGCUUCGUCCUCAUCAGAACCACCACCACCACCAUCAGAACCACCACCACCACCAUCAGAACCACCAUGGAGGGUCGGAUUCAACGCUGUGGGAACCGGAGUCAAGUUCACCAGAGGACACAAAAGAGCCAACUCGGGGAAUCGACUGGCUCAAAUUGACUCUGUCGCUUCUCUUCGCCAUCACAACCCCUUUGGGCAUGGGAGUAGGCAUGAUUGUCUGGACUCGUCAUAACGGGAGCAGUCAAAAGAAUGCACAAAUGCUCUUGACCCAGGGCCUAAUGUCCGCCAUCUCGGCAGGACUGCUAAUCUACGCCGCAACGGUGGAGAUGAUCGCUGGAGACUUCGUGUUUGGGGACGUGGAGGGACAUGGGCACCAUCACCAUGGAGGUCCCAAUGCCAAACAAAAUGAAAGGGGGGAAGGAGAAGGAGAGGGUACCGUUCAUCAUGAUCAUGAUGAGGUGGAAGGGCACGGAGAUGAGUAUGGACACAAUGGGCACGGGGCUUCCUCCAUGGGGAAGAAGGCUCUUGCGGUGAUGAGUCUUCUGGCGGGUGUGCUGGGUAUGGUACUUGUUGGGUUAGGCGAGUGA